AUGCCUAAAUUGUGGUUUCCAAAAUGGCAGCCUAAGUGUCCGAAAUGGCUGCCUCAUUACAGACCCAUCGAUGAGGAUGAGCUUGUAUAUGAAGAUGUCAGUGUUGAAACCAAAGGAGACGAGCCCGUUGAGAUUCGCGAGUUUAGAGACGAGGCCAACAAAAAGUGGUAUGAUUACUUCGAUGAGUACGAAUAUCGUGAAACGAAGGAAGAGUCUAAAAGCCACAAGUCCUGGUAUUGGUUCGAGCCAGGAACGUCUGCGGCUGAGAAAAAGCUCAUUUGCAAGCUGGACAUCCUGAUUGCCUUUUACUCCUUUAUGGGAUACUGGGUCAAAUACAUUGACUCUUCCAAUCUGAACAACGCCUAUGUCUCUGGAAUGAAGGAGGAUCUUGGAAUGAAGGGAAACGAUUUGAUCAACACCCAGGUGCUUUUCUCAGUUGGAUUGAUUAUCUUUGAAAUUCCAUGGGUCUACUUCCUUCCUAGAGUCCCAACAAACUAUGCUGUUUUUGGAUGUGAGACCAUUUGGGCCCUUUUUACAUUGAUAAUCUAUAAAGCAAAAACCCCAGCUGCUCUCAAAGGAUUUCGGUUUGUCGUUGGAGGUAUGGAAGCCGUUUUCUUUCCAUCUGUUCACCACCUUCUGAGUAACUGGUAUACGCCCACCGAGAUCAACCGCAGAGGUGGAUUUUUCUACAUGGGCCAGUUCCUCGGAGUUUUGACUUCGGGAUUGCUCCAAUCGGCUGCCUACAGGAAUCUCAACCUCGUCAAUGGUCUGGCGGGAUGGCGAUGGAUGUUCAUCAUUGAUGGGUGUCUUUCCUUUGGGGUUGCGAUCUUGGCUCUGUUUAUGAUUCCAGGUACUCCUACCAAAUGUUACUCUCUGUUUCUGACAGAUGAUGAAGUCAGACUGGCCAGAAAAAGAAUGGCUAGGAACCAUUCCAACAUGGCCAUUCCAACAGUCAAAUCUUUCUUUAACUGGGGAAUUUGGAAGAGAGUCCUAACCUCGUGGCAGGUCUGGGUCUUCUCGGUUGCCAAUAUGUUGCUGUGUAGCGACAACAAUACCAGUUCCGGAUCUUUUUCGCUUUGGCUUAAGUCACUGGAUAGAUAUUCUGUCGGCAAGCUGAACAACCUCACUACCAUUCCUCCUGCACUUGGAAUUGUAUAUCUGUUCAUCUCGUGUUUCGGAGCCGAUUUCACCAGAAAACGGUUCCUGAUGAUGAUUUUCCAGAACACAAUGAAUUUCAUUGCUAAUGUCGUCCUGGCAAAGUGGGAUGUCAGCGAAAGUGCCAAGUUGUUUGGUUUUUACAUGUCAUACUGGUCCUGGACUCCUUCUUCAAUCUUCAACCCGUUGCUGCACGAUAUGCUGAGACAUGAUGUGACACAGCGGAACAUCGAAUGGAUGGUUGUGUACAUCAUGGGAACCCAAUCGGCGACCUGGAUUUCCAAGCUGAUCUGGCCAACCGUUGAUUCUCCAAGAUAUCCUGCUGGAUUUUCGACCUGCGCUGGUUUCUCUAUGGCACUUUCGUUCGUGCUUGCGCUUGCCUACGUGCUGUACAAACGUGAUGAAAGAAGAGGGGCUCUUGAGUAUGGAAUUUACGUCUACAACUCUGCCAAGGGUGAGACUAUCCCUCCAGAAUAUGAACACAGCGCCACUGUGUCGGUCACAGAGGAGAAACACCUCAUUGAAUCUGAUAGUGAUAAAAAAUGA